AUGCGUUUCCUGACUGCAAUCACCAUUUUCGCCAUGGCUCAGGUCGGUUUGGCGUACGACUAUGGGACAUGCAUAGGGAUGCGUAUGGUGGGUAAGAGGACAGUUGGUCACAAGGCUGCUACAGUCCAGCUUCAGCUUGCCGACGCUGCGUGCAAAAACAGUCAGGAUACCGCGAUUGCAAUAGGAUAUCCCGUGCAGAACAGUUAG